AUGGCCAAAAUAUUCUCUCUCGACGGCAAAGGGCUCAAACUCGAUACCGCCGAGGACAUCGAAACCCAUGCCAAACCUCUCCUCGAAGACACAACCUUCACAGAAGUCCACCUCGGCGGCAAUACUCUCGGUGUCGCAGCCUCAGAACGUCUCGCAACUGCCCUCGCAACUCAGAAGAAUUUACAAGUCGCUAAUCUAGAUGAUAUAUUCACAUCGCGCCUUCUUUCCGAGAUUCCCCCCGCCUUAUCUGCGUUGCUGAAUGCGUUGUUGGAGGCUCCGAAUCUGCAUACCAUCAACUUGUCCGAUAAUGCGUUUGGACUCAAUACGCAAGCGCCACUUGUCGAUUACCUAUCCCGGGCUGUGCCGCUCCGUCAUUUGAUUCUCAACAAUAACGGAUUGGGUCCCAAGGCCGGUGUGCUUGUCGCUGAUGCACUUACGGAAUUGGCAGCACAAAAAGAGAAGGCGCGCAGCGAGGGCAAGGACGUCCCACUUCUAGAGUCGAUUGUCUGUGGGCGUAAUCGUCUCGAAAACGGAAGUAUGGAGGCUUGGGCUGCGGCCUACAAGGCGCAUGCGAAGGGCAUGCGCUCUGUGAAGAUGACACAGAAUGGUAUUCGCCAGGAAGGCAUUUCGCUGCUUUUGAAGGACGGAUUGAGUCAUGCUUCGGGUCUGGAGGUUCUGGAUUUGCAGGAUAAUACCUUCACUUUACUUGGAUCCAGUGCGUUGGCCAAGGUUGUUCAGGGAUGGGCUUCGUUGCGUGAACUUGGUGUUGGAGAUUGUCUGCUUUCAGCCCGCGGUGGGAUCAAGGUUGCGCAGGCUCUUGCGGCUGGUAAAAAUGAAAAGGUUGAGACGUUGCGUCUGCAAUUUAACGACAUUAAUGCAGAGGGUGUCAAGCAAUUAUUGUUUGCGGCCAAGAAUUCUCUGCCAGCUUUGAAGCGAGUCGAGCUGAAUGGAAAUAAGUUCAUGGAGGAUGAUUCAAAUAUUGAGGAUCUGCGCGUGCUGCUCGAGAAGAGACAAGAGGAGCAUGGUACUGAUGAAGAUCCCGAAGAUACUUGGGGUCUUGAUGAGCUCGACGAACUUGAGGAAGAAGAAGAGGAGGAGCAAGAGGAAGAAGAGGAAGAGGCAGAGGCAGAGGAGGAAGAAGAGGAAGAAGAGACGGAGGAGAUACGAACACAUUUGGCAGAGAAGACACUGAAGGAGACUGUCCGUGCCGAGGAUGAGCCAGUCAGCCAGAAGAAGGACGAGGAUGUGGAUGCACUGGCUGAGGCUCUUGGCAAGACAGGCAUCUAA